AUGGAAGAUGGCCAGGAAGUCGCAGUGAAGAAGCUAUCAGCAGGAAACAGUGUGCAAGGUCUGAAGGAGUUCAAGAAUGAGGUGGACCUGAUCGCCAAGCUGCAACACCGUAACCUCGUACGCCUGCUCGGUUGCUGCAUCCACUGCUGCUCCGAGAGGAUACUGGUCUAUGAGUACAUGAGCAACAAGAGCUUGGACACUUUCAUUUUUGAUCCAAGGAGGCACACUGGCUUGAGCUGGAGAACUAGGAUGGACAUCAUCUUCGGUGUUGCAAGAGGGCUUCUCUACCUUCACCAGGACUCGAGGCACACGAUGAUCCACCGAGAUCUCAAGGCGGCUAACGUUCUCCUCGAUAGGGAGAUGGUGGCCAAGAUAUCGGAUUUUGGAAUCGCCAAGUUGUUCAGCAGCAUCGGCGACCAUCAGGUCACAGAAAGGAUUGUUGUGACAUACGGUUACAUGUCACCAGAGUACGCCAUGGACGGAAUGGUUUCGUUCAUGCAAGAUGUGUACAGCUUCGGUGUGCUGUUGCUAGAGAUCAUCAAUGGGAGGAGGAACCAACGAAGUUCCAACCUCAUAGCUCACGCAUGGAUGCUAUUCGAGGAAAACAAGAGCCUCGAGCUCCUUGACCCAGUCGUGCGUGAUGGCUGCAGCCUAGCGGAGCUAGAGCAGGCGGCGACGUGCAUCCAAGUAGGUCUACUGUGCGUUCAGGAGAGCCCGAGCCAACGACCGCAAAUGGCUGCCAUAAUACCCAUGAUGUCGCACCAAAAGGCAUUGGAACGGCCACUUCGACCGGUGGUCUGCAUGCCCGUGAGCACUCUUGCGGACCUUCUCAACGUGCAGGAGGAAACAUCCGGCAACGUCGAGCUGACCAUCACAAACCUUGAAGGACGAUAG